CCAUCAGCACGCGCCAAGAUGCCACGGGACUUGGGGUAAAUGGCCAAGAGAUUUCUCCCUCGGAGAGGUCAUGGCUUUUUCCUGAUCCAUCUUUCGGCUGAAGACAGGCAAUGGAAGAGGUGGAAAAUGUUCUCUACAGGUCGCCCAAGACAACGUUUUUACUUGCAGAUAAUGGCGUGCUAAAGAAGAGAGACCGAUAUGGAAAUGCGGCGCCGUUGCAUACGGAUAUUUGGGGCUUGUUUUGAUUUCCAAGUUUUGCUAGGAAAAAGUUUCCUAAACUCGGGUUUCUAUUUGCUGAAAGGUGUACAAGGAAAUUUGGUAAUUAAAACCUAGCAGGAUGAAGAAGCUAGAAACCUAGAAGCCACUGGAUACAGCUCUCCCGGAUUAGAAAAUGAGUAAAUGCUGAGAGCAUGGGAAUUCAUCUCACCCCCUCCAUCUCUUUCCAUGUAUUUCAUCUUGCGUCUCCAGCGGCUUUUACAGAAUGCUGCUCCUCUUCCCUUCGAUGAGCGAGAGGCGUGCUCAGGACCUGCAGGACUUUGGGAAUCUGCUCCCAAAAACAUAGCCCAAGAAAAAAAGCUCACCCGGGGGACUGGGAAGCGCAGCGCCGCAGCCGUGCCAUGAACGGGACAGGAGCCCGGGAUGACACCGGUUCUGCUCGGACCGUGGGCAGGUUGCCCCACAGCAGGCUCCUUCCACCGGGCCACGACUCCGAAUUCCUGGCUGCUGUCUGGGCUUCGGUGCAGAGCCCCAUCCCUGGGGACCGGGGCAGCCGCGGGGACCCCAUGGCCGGCGAGGUGCCUCGCGUCGCCAAACACCUGAGGGACAUCGACGGGAGAUUUCAGAACUUACGGGAGCUCUUCCGAAAAGGAGAAGUUUUUUCAGGCCCUGUUGAAGCCAGACUGGCAGACCUCCUGCAAGCCAUCUCCUCCUUCCUCAACACGUACCCUGCUUUGACCGGGGAUGCCAUCCAGCCCGCCGUAGCGACCCUUAUCACCAAAAUCCGUGGUCUCGACAGUCAAGAAAGGGUACCUGAAAACAAGAAGCGAUACAGUGAGAUAUUCCGGAGCCUGGACGACUUGGAGAUCUCCAUCGGCAACGCGACGGUUGAUUUGUUCAUUGGUGACGCUGACAGCACUGACGACACAGACCUGUCUGCAGAAAGAGAGAUUGUUCCGCCGAGCGAAAGUUUCUGCAAGAGCAAAAGCAGCUCAGAGAAACAAGCGCAGGGAGACAUGACAGUUGAAGAGGCAGAUGAAAUGCUGAUCAAAUGUGAAGGUGGCAUUGACGCAGCCCUCGAGUACGCCAAAAUGUGGUGUAAAUAUGUCAAAGAGCUCCUCAACUGGAUUGAAAAACGUCUGAGCUACGAAACAGAGUUUGCCAAAGGGAUUGUGAAGAUAGCAGAAUCGGGACGAAAUGCCAUCAUCCAGCAGUCCAACAUGCCUCUUCGAGCGCUCUAUACGAUGGUCCUGGAACACGACAUUAAGGUUGGAAAUUCAGCUAGUGAGACCGUGGGCUUGCUCCAGCAGAAGGAAUUCUACCAGCCUCUGUCAGCCAAGAAGAAUGAGAUUGAGAAGUGGAGGAAGGAAUUCAAAGACCAGUGGACAAAGGAGCAAAAGAGAAUGAACGAGUCCUUGUCAUCCCUGCGCAAGUCCCGCCUGCAGUACGCGCAGCGCUGCGAGGAGCUGGAGAAAGCCAAGUACCUGAGCGCCAAGGCAGAGGACGAAUACCAGAGCGCAGCAGUCGUCAACCCCGGCAGCGCCAGCAAGCAGCUGGAGAAGCGGCGCCGCUCCUGCGAGGAGGCACAAGCCAAGGUCCAGGAAACCGAAGCCCUGUACAAGAUGUGCAUUAACGACGCCAACUUUCGGAGGCAGGAGCUGGAGAAAGUGCGGGCACGCAUCGUCUCCCACAUUCGGAAGCUCAUUUACCAGGGAGACGAGGUGCUGACGUGGGUCACAUUAAGGAUGUUUAAGCAGCGACAGGCUCAGUCAGAGCACAUCCCGGUGGGAUACCAGCACCUGGCCGAGGUCUGCAAGCCGUACAAAGUGGGCGAGAAGUACCUGGAGUUCAUUCAGGCUCUGCAGAAGAAAGACAUCCACAUGGAAGUGUUUGAAUUCGAGCCUCUUGCUUCCGGAGGGCAGAGGUCUCCCCCCAGCAGCAGGAAGAAGAUGUCACUGCAGUACACGGGAUGCAGCAAGGACGCCAGCACUCCAGAAGACACGUCCAGAAGGCAGUUCUCCCCAAAUGGUGAACAGAGUACGAACAGAUCCCUCUGCAGCGACACAGAAAGCCUCGGUGGGAGCUGCGAGUCCCGAUCCCUGGACUCUCCCAACUCCAGCCCAGGAAACUCUAAUAGGAAGCUGCUGAAAGCUCCAUCCACCGGCACCAUGUCCUCCUCGGAUGAUUUCGAGGAAAGAGAUUCGCUGCAAACCUUUGAAAAUGAAAACGGCUCAUCCCAGCAGCAGUUCAGGAACAUCCUCCUCUCCAGCGCGGCGCAGACCCACCGGCUCAGGAAGCUGCGGGGGCCGUCCAAGUGCCGGGACUGCGACACCUUCAUGGUCAACGGCUUCGAGUGCGAGGAGUGCUACCUGGCCUGCCACAAGAAAUGCCUGGAGAGCCUGCUGAUCACCUGUGGCCACAGGAAGCUGCCGAACCGAGUGCCCCUUUUUGGCAUCGACUUCACCCAAGUUCCUCGAGACUUCCCCGAGGAGGUUCCCUUCAUCGUGGUGAAAUGCACGUCGGAGAUCGAAGCUCGUGCCCUCGGAGUGCAGGGGAUCUAUCGGAUAAGCGGGUCCAAAGCCCGGGUGGAAAAGCUGUGCCAGGCCUUUGAGAACGGCAGGAGCCUGGUGGAGCUCUCCGAUCACUCCCCCCACGACAUCACCGGGGUGCUGAAGCAUUUCCUGAAGGAACUUUCGGGACCGGUGCUGCCGUACCAGCUCUACAACAGCCUCAUCGCGCUGGCCAAAGAGCUGCAAAAACCUGGGGAAGAAAGGACGGACUGCGCCGGCUUCCCUUCGGACCCCAUCCAGAGCAUGAAGGACCUGCUGAGCAAACUGCCUGGAAGCAACUACAACACCCUGCGGCACCUCAUCGCCCACCUGUACAGGGUGGCAGAGAAAUACGAAGAGAACAAGAUGUCCCCAAACAACCUGGGCAUAGUGUUUGGGCCCACCCUGAUCCGGCCAGGCUCGGGGAGCGACGUCUCCAUGUCCUGCCUCGUUGACUCUGGGUACCAAGCCCAGAUCGUGGAGUUUCUCAUCCAGAACUACGAAAGGGUGUUCGGGAUGGAUGACCUGCCUCCGUCCCUAUCCCUCAGCUGUGAAAACCCCUCGCAAGAAGCAGCGACAGAAAAGGAUGAAGGACACCAGAGCCCAAGCACAGCCCAGAAAAUAACCCUAGAGAAUUUCUCCUCCCAGCACGGUUUAAGCGCGGACUGUGUGUCUGAUAACUCGUCUUCCAGGGAAGCCGUCAGUGAGCUGACUCUGGAGGGAGCCCCCAGCCCAUUAAGCGCGGAUGCCCUAGAGAUGAAUACAAGCACUGGCUCCGAGCUGGAGGACCUGGAGGACUCCGUGCAGGAGAAGACCGACAGCGAUUCGGACACGGUCCUCGGCACCCAGCCCAGGGGCCAUUUCAGUCGGCAGCCCGUGAAAUACAUCCGCGUGCAGGCAAAAACGAAACCAGUCAUUCCCAAGCCUUCCAGUUUGCCCUUGAGGACCACCACGUUAUCCAGCACGGCCACGGACACCGGCGCAGAAGGCAGCCCUGCCGACAGCAGCUCCACGGCAAAAGACAUCCUGGGGGAGAGGACUCGGAGCAGGAACAGCUCGCCCGACACCAGCACGCUCAGGGGCCGCUCAGGAGGCAAACAGCAGCUCAAACACUUUGAGAUCACGGAGGAAACCGCCAGGAUCAUCUCGAAGCUUAAAGCCGACGGCACUUCAGCAUCCCCCAAGGGUUCCCUGGAGAGCCUGGGGUCUGCUGAGAAAGAAGUGAAACUCAACCCAGAGACGCUCCCGGAGCAAAGCCUCUAAAGGUGACAGCAGAAAGGGGACUGAAAUCCCACGCCACGAUUCCUGUGGAAGGAUGGAAUAGCAACGGGGUGAGAAUAACAUCCUAGCAGCUGCAUUUACAAAGCAGGCUGGAGGAAAAGAGGCUUCUGCUGGGAACUACCUGGAAUUUGAGCUGGCCCAGGGUUUGCUUAUUUAUCCGCAAACCCACACGAGCCUGGUGUCUCUCUCUGGAACAUGCCCAGUUUAGCACGAAGCACAAUAGAAGGAAAGGAAACACAGAUCGUCUGGCUGGAAGGAUGUAGCCUGGCAGGAGGUAACUGAAAUGUAGGACACUGGGCAGAAAACAUCCCCAAGUGGCUGCUUUCUGGCAGCUGCAACGGGCACUGAUUUUCCUUGGUUUUAUUUCACGGCAUUUUUUAGCGUAAUGCUAAUAAAACAGGGUACAUGGGCAAAGCACAUGCACUCCGGAUGCCUCUGUUGCUGGAACGUCCACUUGCUGGUCAGCACAAAGCUGUUUUAUAAAGGGGAAAGACACUGCCAGACCCACUUCUCCAAAACAUUAACUCUUUCCCUCGAAUCAUUUCGAGCUUCCGCAGUACUCGCCAUGCUGGUGCUGUCACAGAGGGGCUGAGCCCCUAGAAGAUAAAACCUUCAGAUCAGUCUUAAAAGGAGGUAACCCCGAGGUGCUGGGGCUCCAUCUCACCUGCACGGGGCUCACCCCAAGGCUCCUUUCUGCCCCCCUGCAGCAGAUUUUCUGCCCACCCAAGUGGGACGGGAGAGAUCUCAUCCUACAGUGCCACCUCUCGACACACGACGGCUCAUCCCGGGGAUAGCUUUGCACGGUACGAUGGGCCAUGUUGCAGGUGCCCUCGGUGUUUUGCUGUGUAUACGGUGUAAAUACAAAUACAAACUUCUGGGUUUACUCAGGAACCCAACCCUGCACUGGGGUUAUUUUCAGCGAUUACCAUCAGCUGCAAAGACACUAGCACGCGUAUGAAGAUGGAAGAGAUAAGUGCUAAAAGAAAACAUUACACUUUCCCAGCCAGCUGAAGAGGUUAAACAAUCCACCUUCCAGAUCUCUUUCAUCUCAUCAAGAGAUAUGUUUCGGUCUUAGCAGGAGUGUAAAAGAAGUGCUAAUUCUUUAGCAUCUCGUCUUAGCAUUUGUACAGUUCAGCCUAAAGAGAGUUUGCAUCUCUGGCGCGAUGUAUAUUUGUUAAUAUAUUGCUUUGAGUUCUUGCAUACUAAGUUAUCUUUUACUGUAGAGCUUCUGUAAUAAAUGACCGGGUGUUUUAUUA